GAUCCCAUGAACCGUGAGAUCGUGACCUGAGCCGAAGUCGGACGCUUAACCGACUGAGCCACCCAGGCUCCCCUCACUUCACAUUCUUAUCACCCAUGUGUCCACUGGACUUGCACUUUUAAUUUCCUUCAAGGACUCUUCCUUUGCAUUCACAGCUUGGCUGACUUUUUGGCACAAGACACCUAGCUUUCAGCCUGUGUCUGCUUUCAGCAUGCCUUUCUCACGAAGCUCAUUCAUUUCUAGCUCUUGAUUUAACGUGACAGACCUUGAACACUUAGGAGGCUGGUGUACGGCUGUCUCAUGGAAAAGAGGCCCAAGGAGAGGAGAAGAGGGACAGCUGGUAGGUGGAGCGGUCAGAAUACACUCAACACUUACUGAUUAAGGUAGCCCACACCUAUGGGCACAGCUCGUGGCACCCCAAAACAAUUGCAAUAGUAACAUCAAAGAUCACUGAGCACAGACCACAGUAACAAAUAUGAUAAUGAAAAUGUUUUAAAUAUUGUGAGAAUUCCCAAAAUGUGACACAGAGAUAAUGUGAGCAAUUGCCCUUGGAAAAAUGGCACCGAUCCACAUGGCGUUGCCACACACCUUUGUAAAAAGCAGUAUCUGUAAAGCACAAUACAACAAAGUGUGCCUACCUAUAGUUAAGACCUGGAGGAGAAGAGGUUCUAUAUUCUUCUGGGCCCAGGCCACCACCUUCAGCAGCCCCCUCCUCUUCAUCUCCAGGCAAGCAAAUGAAAUCCUAGAGCAGACCCUUCCUCUUCUCCAAGUCAGAUUUAGUUGACGUCCUACCGACUGCCAUGCUCUACACGCACAAAAUAGGAUAGGUUCCAUGAAUAAAUUAUACCUUCAAUGUUCAUUUUCCCAUACAUAGGAUGUGUUUCAUCUAUUUUUGAAUAAUACGAAAAAGUAUAUACGUCUUAGGAUCUCUCUUCAUAUAUAAAAGAAUAAAUUACUUGUGAAGAAAAAUCAGGCAAUGUAUUUUCAGUUCAGGCACAGGCAUUUGGUUCCCAAAAGAACAGUUUGUCCCUUUUUUCUUCUUAACGUGUUUGUAUCAAAUAUAAAAGUGAACCUAUAGUAACUCUCAAAAGGGAGCAUUAUUUUUACAGCGGGAAUUUAAGGUAAUCAGGUUCUCAUUUCCCUGGUUCUCUGACACGUUCCUGUCUUGCCAGCCUCGUCACACUGCACCAUCCUUGAGGCAGUGAGGGCUUCUGCUCAUCAGAAAGGAGUGUCUGCGGUAGGGGACUGUGGACCAGGCUUGUGCCACACAGAGAGUGGAGCUCUGUUAGAGAGUAAAAAGGAUACGUGGUCAUAUCCUGCGUUGUUUAAGGGCUCAUUUAGAAGAGAUCAUUUAAAGAAAUUUUUAAAAAACAAGAAAACUUUGUGUACAGAAUGUCAAAGGAUAUAUCUUUUAGGAAAACUUGUAGAAAAUACAGAUGUUUUAGUCAGUUUCCUAUAAACUUAUUUGAGCAAAGCCUUAGGACUCCCCAUGGAGGUAGGCAGGAGCACUAUUAGAGACUUUUCCCCCCUCCCCUGGUAACAGAACUUGUGUAAAAUUGCUGAGAGAAGCCAAACCAUUUGUGUCCCAGGGGCUGAGAGCAAACUACAGUCAGGUGAGUUGGGUGGACUGGACGGGGAGGCAGGCUAGUGGAUUUCUGAAGAUGAUGGCAGGUCUAAAGGUCCUACUUGCAAGGCCAGUGAGAAAGCAGGGAAGAAGUUAAAGCUGGAGAGUGUUAGGAAUGAAAUUUGUGCUUGUAAGUGAUAUUAGCCCCACCCAGCAGCCUCUGGAGAGGGGAGUGGUUGCUGGAGGUUGAGCUCUAGAAACACUCUUGAACACUGGAGACCAACCUCCAGGCUGGUGAGAGCUUCCAUCUGCUGGAGGGUAAUCCUGCCCGCCUCCAUGGGGACUGAUGGAUCCUGCCCUGGGGACGCUUCUGGACCUCACCCCGUGUACCUCUUCAUCUGACUGUUCAUCCUUGUAAUAAACAAGUAAAACUGAGUAAAGUGUUUUCCUAAAUUCUAGGAGUCAUUCUAGAAAAUUGCCAAGCCUAAUUUGAGGGAUUGUGAGAACCCUUGAAUCCACAAUGCUCUCGGCAGAAAAUGUGGGCAGCUGGGCACUACAUUUAUGGUUGGCAUCUGAAGUAGAGAAAGUCUCAUGGGGCUAAGACUUUGAACUUGUGGGAUCUGAUGCUGACUCCAGGAAGAUGGUGUCAGAAUGAACUGAAUCCUUGGACACCCAGGCAAUGUCAGAGAAUUAGUUGCUGGUGUGAAGAAAACUAUUUAUAUGAAUUUUUAGAUUUUGAGAAAUCUAUGACUGUUGUCUGUUACAGGGUGUUGGUCAGUAAGUGGGUGGAAGAAAUGGACGUAUAAGGAAGGUAAGAAGGCAGAACUAACAAAAUAUGCUUUUCUUUGGUCUCAGAUGUUAUUGAGCACGAGCCAUGUAACCAGGCAUUGGGAUAGGUCAUGCGUAUGCAGUUGGAAUAAAACAGCUUUUUUUAUUUUUGGGGGGUGGAUGCAUGCAGAAAGGAUUACAUGGGAAUUGAAGUGGGCACUAAAAGGAAUGGAAUUAGGGGCUGAUAGACUUCAAGUGGUGUCAGAGGACUGUAGGUUCCCAGGUGUGAGGAGAACCUGGGCAUGGGGAAUGAUUCUGUGGACAAGCUGGAAUGAGAGAGGCUGUGAUUGCUGGAGGGAUCUCAGAUUCUUCAUCUAACAGGGGGAAUUCCUGCUUUUCCUGCAUAUGGUUUGCACUCUCUGUGAGUGGAAAUCCGGAGGAAGAGACGUGGUGGCCGAACUCUUGAUGAUGCAACUGCAGAAAAACAGGAUUAACAUACAGAGGAUUGAUGCAGUGAUCAUUGUUGUUAAGAAUGGAGAGCUCACUGCAGGAGAGAUCACUGUGGGGCCAUCCUUCGGACGAGCCAUCUCAGGAGCCCCUAACCGGACCGCAGGACCUGUCUGCCCUGAUACCUUAUAAAGAACAAGAAUCUGUGACCUACAAAGAUGUAGCUGUAGACUUCACCCAGGAAGAGUGGGCCCUGAUGGACACAUCCCAGAGAACGCUGUACAGAGAUGUGACGCUGGAAAACAUUAGUCAUCUGGUCUCUGUGGGGUGUCAUUUCUUCAGAUCAGAUGUGAUCUCCCAGUGGGAGCAAAGAGGGGAGCUGUGGAGGGAAGAAAGAGGACCUCCCCAAGGCUGGAGUCCAGGCAUGAAAAACAGCCAUAACAAGCAAGAAAUAAUACCUAUGCAAGAUAUCUGCAUGAACGACCCACCUAACUGCUGGACAGUACAGAAAUGUCACACGGGAGAAGACCUCUCUGUAUAUAGUGGGUUUGAUGAAGUUUUUACUCACACGUACACAUUGACUCAACAUGUCUUAACUCACACUGUACGGAAACCCUAUAAAUGUAAUGAAUGUGGAAAACACUUCACCCGAAACGCCAACCUUCGUACUCAUAAAAUAACUCACACAGGAGAGAAUCCAUUUGCUUGUAAUCAGUGUGGGAGGCGCUUCAGGUAUUUUUCAUCUUUAACUAGACAUAAGCGAAUUCAUACUGGAGAGAAGCCUUAUGAAUGUCGUCUAUGUGGCAAAGCCUUUGUUCGAAGUUCCAUUAAACGACAUGAGAGAACUCACACUGGAGAGAAACCAUUUAAAUGUCAUCUAUGUGGAAAAGGCUUCGUUACUAGGUCUAAUCUUCGAGAACAUGAGAGAACUCACACCGGAGAAAAACCAUAUACAUGUCAUCAGUGUGGAAAAGCCUUUGUUACAAGCUCUAAUCUUCGAGAACAUGAGAGAACUCACAGUGGAGAGAAACCAUAUAAGUGUCAUCUAUGUGGAAAAGCCUUUGUUCAAAGCUCUUGUCUUAGAGACCAUGAGAGAAUUCAUACUGGAGAGAAACCAUAUAAAUGUCCUAUAUGUGGAAGAGCCUUUGUUACAAGCUCUUGUCUUCGAAAACAUGAGAGAACUCACACUGGAGAGAGACCAUAUGCAUGUCAUCUAUGUGGAAAAGCUUUUAUUCAAAGCUCUAAUCUUAGAGACCACGAGAGAACUCACACUGGAGAGAAACCAUAUACUUGUCAUCUAUGUGGAAAAGCCUUUGUUACAAGCUCUAAUCUUCGAGAACAUGAGAGAACUCACAGUGGAGAGAAACCAUACAAAUGUCAUCUAUGUGGAAAAGCCUUUGUUCAAAGUUCUUAUCUUAGAGAUCAUGAGAGAACUCACACCGGAGAGAAACCAUAUAAAUGUCAUCUAUGUGGAAAAGCCUUUGUUACAAGCUCUUGUCUUAGAAAACAUGAGAGAACUCACACUGGUGAGAAACCAUAUACAUGUCAUCUAUGCGGAAAAUCCUUUGUUCAAAGUUCUAAUCUUCGAGAACAUGAGAGAACUCACACUGGUGAGAAACCAUACAAAUGUCAUCUAUGUGGAAAAGCCUUUGUUACAAGCUCUAAUCUUAGAAAGCACGAGAAAACUCACACUGGAGAGAAACCAUAUACAUGUCACCUAUGUGGAAAAGCCUUUGUUCAAAGCUCUUAUCUUAGAGAACAUGAGAGGAUUCACACUGGAGAGAAACCAUAUACAUGUCAUCUAUGUGGAAAAGCCUUUGUUCAAAGCUCUUGUCUUAGAAAACAUGAGAGAGCUCACACUGGAGAGGAACAGUAUAUAUGUCAUCUAUGUGGAAAAGCCUUUGUUACAAGCUCUGAUCUUAGAGACCAUGAAGGAACUCACACUGGAGAGGAACAAUAUAUAUGUCAUCUAUGUGGAAAAGCCUUUGUUACAAACUCUGACCUUAGAGACCAUGAGGACACUCACACUGGAGAGGAACAAUAUAUAUGCCAUCUAUGUGGAAAAGCCUUUGUUACAAAUUCUGAUCUUAGAGACCAUGAGGGGACUCACACUGGAGAGGAACAAUAUAUAUGUCAUCUAUGUGGAAAAGCCUUUGUUACAAAUUCUGAUCUUAGAGACCAUGAGGGGACUCACACUGGAGAGGAACAAUAUAUUUGUCAUCUAUGUGGAAAAGCCUUUGUUACAAGCUCCGAUCUUAGAGACCAUGAGGGAACUCACUUUAAUUAUAGUGAAUGAACAUGGAAGUGCCUUUAGCCACAGCUCUAAUAUAAUAUCAACCACAAGACUCAUGUGGGGGAAGUUCUAUGGUCAUAUUCAUUAUGGAAAUGCCUUCAUUUUUAAUUUAUCCUUACAUAACAUGAGUGAACUGCAUGUGGAGGAGCCCUAUAUUUAUAAUCAAGGAGGAAGAGACAUUAGCUGGUCUCUGGUCAUAGGUUGGACAAGAAAAUCCAGUAUGAAUAAUAAUCUAAUCUCCCUUAAAUGGGAAAUUACGCAGGAAAAUCUUUACAGAAGGAGAUCACUCCAGGACAAUAACAGAAAAAUUAAUGCUGAAGAAGUUAUUCAUUAUUAUAUGCAUGGAAAACCUUUACUAGUAGAAAAACUGUUGUAGGCAUGUGAAGUUUCACACUCUAUAUAAUAGUGAAUGAAUGAAAGUCUUCAGUGAUUUUAAUUCCGUAGUCAACAUGUAGUUUCUCACACUGUAUAUAUACAUUGAUAGAAUCAGAUGAAAGGUUAGACUUUGCGUUAGAAAUCCCUGACUAGGAAAAACAUUUAUCAAGAAUGUCUUAAUAGAGUUUAGUCAUUAAAUUGUAAUUUUGCCUAACGGCCUCUUACUAUAAAAAUAUAAGAAAGAUAUGUAGAAUUGUGACAUCAUCUGGGAAUUCUAAAUUCAGUAUUUUGUAACAAUAAUUUUUUUGCAGUAGUUCUUGGAACUGCAUAUGAGGCAAACUUGUUGCUGAAAAAGCCAUUAUGUUGGUCAGGGUCCUAUUUUUCAUGCAGCAAUAGUAAUUAUGAUGAUUGGAUUCAACUAGAAAGUGUCUUUGAAUAUUAACUGAAAAACAUAGAACACAAGAUGAUGCGUCAUUACUACAUAUCGUUAACCACGUAUGUAGGUCGUAAUGAUGAAUUAAAGAUUCUUACAUAGAUAGUUUGUGACCGAACCCUGUAUAAAUUUUCAUUUUAAAAUGCCAUUAUUGAAACAAAGAAUGGUAUUACCUAACAAUAAGGGGGUCUAUUCAACAACAGGAUAUAACAUCUGUAAAUAUUCAUGCGCUCAACAUAGGAGCACCUACAUAUAUAAAACAAAUACGAACAGAUGUCAAGGGAGAGACAGUUAUGCAGUAGAAGGGGGAUGUUAAUACACACUUUCAUCAAUGAACGAAUCAUCCGGACAAAAAUCAGAUAACAUCUACCGUAAGUGACACGUUAGAUGAGAUGGACUUCACAGAGGUACACCGCACACUUCAUCCCAAAGCAGCAGAACAACAUACUCUUGGCAAGCUUCCAUGAGACAUUCUCCAGAAUUGGUCAUAGUUACUGCCUGUUAGUAGCAAUGAGUAAUUUUUUUUUUCUCUUUUACCCAAGCCAUGUAAUUGCCCCUCUUCCUCUUUCUCCUAUAAAGCCCUUGCUUUCACCCCACAGAUAGGACACUUUUCUGGUUACUGCUGGAAUCGGUGCUCCCCAAACUGCAAAUCUUUAAUCCCAAGUAAACACUCAUCUGCCUCUCGUUGCAGCUCUUGUUUUCAGGUGGCAAUGGGGACAAGUAAUGUUUCUUUUCCUUUCUUGGCCAGGCGCUACAGAGCGUGACCUGGGAGAGCUGACUUUGGAAGGAACUCUCUAUUCUGGCUCUCCCAGUUUUCAGGAUCCAACCCGCAGCUCCAGAAUGAGUGUGAUCACUCUGCCACUGCCUCAAAAGGUGCCAUCAUAGGCCACCAAACGAUUGAAGAAAAAUAAUAGUU